AUGUCGAAGUUGUUCUGGUGCGGGGGGCGGGAGCGACAUUCAUCGUUCCUUUCAUAUUGCAACACUACGAAACCACACGACCAUCCAUCAUCUGCAUCAUCACAAACCUUCUCAUUCCGCCACAACGGUCUCUCUGCAUCGGCCAACGACACCAGAGGGAUAACGAAGAACAUGAAGCCUUGA